GAUUACGUCCUUAAGCUCCCCUCCCCCGACUCGCUCGCUCGAGAGUCUCACGCCACGCCCCCCCUUUUGUCGUCGUCGUCGUCGUCUCCUCUCCGCCGUUGCUCGUCCCGUACUACUACAUCCUCACCUCAACGGAAGCUUUGCAUCAUCUCUACUUCACCCUCUCUUCCUUGGUAUAUCCACCAGGUCUCGCUUUUUGAUUUCUAGGGUUUCGCGAUUCAAAUCACCAGCAGCUGUUUCCUCCUCCGGUGAAACCUCGAAGAUUGAGUUUCUCUGCGAUUUCUGAAAUUUGAGCACGGUUAGUCACUACUUGGUCGUUUUGUUAAUCAAUUUUCGCCUAAUAGAAGAUUUGGGAUAGCAAAUUCAAAGUGGGUGUCGUCAGUCACUGUUCCGUAUGGCGGCUAGGAGGAAUAUUAGAUAUCCUGAUCAUGAACUGAGAGGCCAAGAAUCGAAUUCUAGGUUUUCCAGGCGUGAUAGCAGUGUUUACUCAAAUGAGAAUUGUGAAAAUAAUGCUCUUGAUAAUGGAAAGGGACGGGUUAGUAAUUUAAGACACGGGGAUAGCGUUAAAGAUAGAGAUACGUUUACCUCCGGAGCUAGACAGAGAGAAGCCUUUCUUGAUCGUGGACCUAGAAGAUGUGGGCUUUCUGCUAAGUCUGUGGAUAGGGAACCAGGUGAGCUCUCUAGUGAGAGUGGUUCUGAUGAUUUAGUUGGGUCUGAAUCAGUGGUGAAAGAUAAUGGAGCUGUGAAGCAGCAGGUGGAUGAUAGGACUGCUCAAAGCCCUGUAGAAAAGAAGAGAAAGUAUUCACCGAUUGUAUGGGACAGAGAUGAGCACGAAAGAAGUUCUUUGAGUAGAAAUGAGAAACCUGUGGAGGUCACCCCGCUUCCUCCCCCACCUCCACUUGUUAAGAGGUCAAGCCAGUCACCUACUGUCAACAUGCUUGAAGAUCCUAAGCAAGUUGGUCUUCUUGAGGUUUCUGCUCCUACUUUGUCAUCUCCGGUAGAGAUAUCUUCUUCGUGUGUGGUGGAACAAUCAUCAAAUGCUGGGAAGGAUCGAAAACAAGAGGAUGCAACACACCUGGAAGAUGAGGAAAACAUGCCAACAAGGCAUAUAUCAUCCUCUAGGUGGGCUGCUGGUAAUAGUUCCCCAGCUGACGAGGGUGAAAUAGUAGAAGUGGAAAUAAAUAAAAGGAGGAAGAAACUACUUCCCGGGAGUUUGCGCGAUAAGUCUUUGACGCCUGAGGCUGGGGAGUCUGUGAAGGAAGGUAGAUCAUCUGAUUCCGAUGAAAGGAGACACCAUUCUUUGCCGGGAAGCAGAGAUGAUUUUGAGGAGAAAAAUGCUGUUAAGGGUGACUAUAUGGAAAUUGAUGAGGAGGAACGCAGGAGAGGAAAUACUAGUGACAGCCUUACUGAAACAGAUUCUGAUGACGAAUAUGUUCGCCAUGAGACACCUGAACCUGCUGGCACUCCACUGAGAAGUAUAAACAUGCUCCAGGGUUGUCGAAGUGUUGAUGAGUUUGAGAGAUUAAAUAAGAUAGAUGAAGGCACUUAUGGUGUUGUUUACAGAGCGAAGGAUAAAAAGACAGGUGAAAUUGUCGCAUUGAAGAAGGUGAAGAUGGAAAAAGAAAGAGAAGGUUUUCCGUUGACUGCUCUUAGGGAAAUUAACAUACUUCUUUCCUUUCAUCACCCAUCAAUAGUGGAUGUUAAAGAGGUGGUUGUGGGUAGUAGUCUUGAUAGCAUUUUUAUGGUGAUGGAAUAUAUGGAACAUGAUCUUAAGGCGUUGAUGGAGACAAUGAAGCAGCGUUUCAGUCAAAGUGAAGUUAAAUGCUUAAUGCUUCAACUUUUAGAAGGCGUCAAGUAUCUUCAUGACAAUUGGGUGCUUCAUCGAGAUUUGAAAACAUCUAACCUGCUUUUAAACAAUCGGGGUGAGUUGAAGAUAUGUGACUUUGGUUUGGCUCGGCAAUACGGCAGCCCGCUGAAGCCAUAUACUCAUCUGGUUGUUACGCUCUGGUACAGGGCACCUGAACUUCUCUUGGGAGCGAAACAAUAUUCUACAGCCAUUGACAUGUGGUCACUGGGCUGUAUCAUGGCAGAACUAUUAGCAAAGGCGCCAUUAUUCAAUGGUAAAACUGAGUUUGAUCAACUUGACAAGAUUUUCAGAGUCCUGGGUACUCCCAAUGAAUCAAUUUGGCCUGGAUUCUCCAAGCUGCCUGGAGUCAAGGUCAACUUCGUCAAGCAUCAGUAUAACCUAUUGCGUAAGAAAUUUCCAGCCACUUCAUUUACUGGUUCACCAGUUCUGUCCGACGCUGGCUUCGACUUGCUGAACAAGCUCCUGACAUACGAUCCUGAGAGGAGAAUAACUGUGGAUGCUGCUCUUAAGCAUGAAUGGUUCAGUGAAGUCCCUCUGCCAAAAUCCAAAGAUUUCAUGCCUACUUUCCCUGCUCAACAUGCCCAAGACAGGCGUGGGAGGAGGAUGAUAAAGAGCCCUGAUCCUUUGGAAGAGCAACGUAGGAAGGAUCUAACACAAACCGAACUAGGGUCUGGUGGUCUGUUUGGCUGAAGUAUGGCUCACGAUUGAUGAUGCUCUCUGAUACCUUGGAAUUACCACAUUAAGGCGAGGGCUGCUGCUUAAGCGGAGGUUGGAACGUUUGUAUCUCAGACUAUAAUUUGUACUUUCUUUACUCAUUUCAAGGGUCCAUGGUGAUUUGUGAAGAUGAUUUUCCUCCUAUCGCCAGCUGGAUUCCUUGCAGGUUUUAAUGUGUUGAUGACAAGCUAGGCUGGUCAGUUAGUAGUGCUGCAGCUUUCUGACAAUGCUUGUUCUGCAAGGUGUGACAAUCACAAUAAAAACUCAUUCCCUACUGAAACUUAUGUAUGUAGCCACAGUGUUAUUGAAUAGUGAGCUUUUCUUGCUUUAUUACCACAA